UCUACACUGAGCAUGCUCCAGCUGUCUGAACACAGUUACAUUCUUCUCCUGUUUGUCAGCUCUGCAGUAGAUGGAAAGUGCUGGACUAGAGUGAAGCUGUGACUCCAAAGGGCGGAAUAAAGGCGUGCUGAGGAGCGCGCGACUGCUGAUAUGAAGUCGUAUAGAAGUGAAAUGUGGAGGAAACAGUAAUGAAUGAUGUUCGCAGGUGUUCCUCGGAGCGGGGAGGAGACGCUGGUGUUUUUUGACCUGGAAACUACCGGCCUGAACAUCUAUGAAUGUGAUAUAGUUCAGCUGUCAGCCAUCAGCGGAGAGAGGACCUUUAAUGUCUACAUUUUCCCUCGGUGCCCUAUUGACCCCGGAAGCUCCAGGGUUACAGGACUGACCACACACAGCCAGACGCUGCUUCUACACGGCCAGCCUGUGCAAACUGUCCCGUUAAGAGAGGCUCUCAAUGGGUUCAUCUCCUUCCUUAAAACGUUCAGCAGACCAGUUCUGGUGGGCCACAACUGUAAACGGUUUGACUGUCCUGUCCUGAGCAGAAUCCUGAACCAGUUUUAUCUGCUGGGCGAGUUUCAGGACGUGGUGUCAGGUUACCUGGAUACACUGCUGCUCAGUAGGGAGAUGUUUACACUCCAGAAAUAUUCUCAACCCUUCCUGGUCCAGCAUUUCCUCCAAAAAUCCUAUGGAGCGCAUGACGCUACUGAGGAUGUGCGAGUUCUACAGGAGCUCUACAGAGCUUGGAGGCCAAGCAGUGACCUGGUGAAUAAGCACAAGUUUAUUUUAUAGCAGCGCCGAAUAAUUGGUCAGAAAUCUAUUUUUUUAAAUGACGCAUUGGGUUCAUUUUGUAUGUAGCUGAACCCGAAAUAGGUUAGCUCUGAUCACGAUUUAGUUGGAUGAUGACAUCAUGUUUCAAGCCUUUUAAUUUUUUAAAAAUAUUUUCUAAAAUCCAAACGAUUUCACUGACCUGAAAAAUUAUGACUUAUUUUAAUAAAGUAUAAAUAAGACUG